AUUCAUGACAAAAUCAGCACCCCAUUCGAAGCAAAUCAAAUAUUUAGAUGUUUCUCAUUCUAACUACUGGGAUAAAUUACCAGUCGAACAAGUCAUCAAGUGUUUUCUGAUUGCAAUUGGAAUCUAAAUUUUCCGAACAGUGAUUAUCCAAAGUGAAUAUCUUUUUCAAAAACAUGAAAUAAAUAACCAAAGAAAUUGAGCGUGUGCCAUACAUAUGGUCAAUCCAUUUCACAGCAAGACACAAGUUGUGAGCACUUCAGUGGUGAUUCCAAGAGUCGGUAUCCAGCGAGGGUUGGACUGAAAUACGUCGAGAAUUGGCUGUGAAGAUUCUUUUCUGGCAUCGCCACACUCACUUGCUGUGAUGGGGUUCCACAUUUUUGCUGCGAUGUGAUUACAGACUCGAUGUUUUUGCACAUUCGAGCCGCGACCAAGGCUGGAUAGGGUACUGAUGCGCAUGGUUAUCAAGAGAAACUCCCCCUGAAACCCUCCCAUGUCUGAUUCGACCUGAACGUCACUAUGCUGGACACACGUUUGUGGUACCUUAUGCCUUGACUCGUUAAGGGCCGCUGGUGAAUGAAGCAGUUACCCGCUAUGGGUAGGAAUAGGAUGAAACAGGUGCUCAGAAACUACUGGGUAAAUGGCAGCUGUGUUCACCAUCACUGGUGACGUCCUGCCUUGUACUCUUAAGUUCAUCAUCAAGAUUAGACAACAUUACUCCAAUCCAGUUUUGUUAUCGACAGCUUGUAGCUUAUCUUCGAACUGAUGCUUUUAAAUGAAAUUACAAGUCGGGCUAGCAUGGAGGAAGGCAAGGCUGCAGGAAUGCAAGGAACCUUUCUACUUAUGGUCUUUCAAGCCAGUUGUCAGACCACGUAUAUGUUUUCUAUGCUGGCUGGGUCGACCUGGCAAACAUAGAUACGUACAAGAUGCUGAUGUGCGUAGGAUAGAAUUCUUUAAUGACAUAAGCCAGGGGGCAGUAGUAAGCAGUGGGUUUAGUGCUCCCUCAUACUGACAGUACUUCGAUCACGUGUCUACAAAUCACGAACUACUGCUUACUAAUGAUGCGCCUGAUGGCGUUUUCUCUACUUAUAGGAACCACUGAUGUUCCUCUCCUCUGAGGACUUCUAUGAAGACCGUCAGCUUAUUAUUCAAGGGUGCAUGCGCUCAGAGAUAGAUUCUCCUUAAAUAUGGUUCUUUAUUAGCUUUUCAUCCCCAACUUCAAACGCGGUUACAAUUUCGGACCCGGCUUGUUCGAUGAACUCAAUUUUGAAGUGUAGAUUUUCCUCCAUGCCAUCAAUUGUGGGAUACGGUGUAGUUAUAGUUGGAUUUCGUGCUUCUGUUCAGGUUGGGUUUCAGUUUCAGGCAUAUUUCAUGCCACCUAAUGUUUUAGUGCAGAACGUUUAUGAUUCUCCAUUGUGGCAGUUGCAGAGAUGGCACCGUUUUCAGACAAUGCAAAAGACCGCUAUCUUAACACUCCCUUUACUGCUAGUGUCACUUCGAAUUAGAGCACAUGAAUGCUCACACACACACCUGCCCACCUACCAGCAAGCCUUAACAAUUCGCAAAUCUUCCUCUCGAGUGCGCAUUUGUUCAUUGCCAUUUGUUCUCAUGCUUUGUUAGUGGGAAUUCGCAGGUGAACCGCACACCUUAGAUGUGGAGUGUCCUGGAAGGAUCGAAGCUUCGCACCAUAAGCUCAAAUUCCGGGGUUAGGUUUGCAGCAUAUCCGCCCGAAUGUUGUGAUGGUGAUUCAUGCGGUGUCUUAAUCAAGUGAGGUAUAAUUCCUAGAUCAACUUCUCAUAUAUAUAUAUAUAUAUAUAUAUAUACACACACAUACACAAACAUACAUAAAUACUCAUUGCAGCGCCACGAUUUAUGAGCCUCGAAAUCCUUGUUUUGGCGCAACUCAACCGAUGCAUCGGCGCAUAUGGGGGACCCACUGAUGAUCGUGAUUCUUAUUUGAUCGUCGCAUACGAGCGCAUGGCUCGAACCAGUAGCGUGCCCAGAAUGAUAACUUACUGACACUAAUCACGCAAGGGCCACUGAAGUCCACGAGUUGUCCCUGCGUGACGUUUGUUCCACGCACCAUCUCAAAGCGCCGCAAUCUCUCAAUGUGUCCAAAGAUUUCAAUGAGUCACUUACAGUCGCAGUGCGCUGUACCACCGGGUUUCGAAAAACUCCAGAUUGCUCUGCUUAACCCCGAUCAUCUCUGCAUUCUUCUACUGCGCUAUGUGGGUCUCUUCUGCGACGCACCCGCGAGGUGAUAUAUCAAAGCCUUCCGCAGGAUUCUUACACUACCCACCAGUGGCAUUCUUGGACUAUCUAAACAUCCGAUUCUAGGUCUUGGAUUCAGGUCAAACAAUCCCACCAAGUAAAAUGGUGAUGCAAUCUUUUCUUCAAUAAUCUUAGAGUAGAUUCUCAGACUGUAACUGGGCACUACCUGAAGCGAGGAAAAUUGAUGCCCUAUCAACUUAUGAGUCGGUUCGAGAUAUCUAGAAUGGGUGAUGAUAGUGUAGAGGUCAGAGCAUCGGCGUGUUGAUAGAUUGGAGCGCGGUUCAAAUCCCUCAUCAGCUCGGUUUCAUCGUGAACCAUUGCUUCGCUGCCAGCUCUACAUCUAGUCGCUUCUAGCAGUGAUGGUGGCGCUGUGGUCGCUGGCUGUGGCGUUCGUCCCGGCGAUCGCGUGGCUGCUUCUCAAGGGAGAAAAUGAUUCACCCGACCAAAAGGGCUGUGUUACGAAGCCAGUGAGAGGCCGUCGACACUUUUUGGACACCGCAGCGCAGCGUCGCGUUGCAAGGGAAGAAUUCUACCGCGACUUCAAGAAUUUCGACUACAACUGUCCUCCCCACAGUGAUCUAGACAAAGGUCUCAACGUUGAAGAGAAAUAUGUACUGAACUCGAAGGGCAAGGAGAUUUUCCUCAAGAGCUGGGCACCUGCUCACAAGCCGCUCUAUGGCGUGAUUUUUCUGUGCCAUGGUUAUGGAGACACCGUCACCUAUUUUUUGGAAGGUGUGGCGCGAACGUUGGCGUUAGCUGGAUACGCUGUGCACGGCAUGGAUUAUCCGGGCUUUGGCAUGUCUGAGGGCUUGCAUGGAUAUAUACCCGACUUCCAUGCUCUCGUGGACGAUGUCAUAGAGCAAUACCGCGCCAUUAAGGAGCGCGAAGAGUUGAAAGUGUUGCCAUGCUUCCUGUUUGGAGAGUCUCUGGGAGGUGCUAUUGCGCUCGCGGUUCAUCUGAAAAAGCCAAGCAUGUGGAAUGGAGCUGUUCUUGUCGCUCCCAUGUGCAAAGUUGCAGACUCAAUGUAUCCUCCGUGGAUACAGUUACAAAUUCUGCUCCUUCUUGCUCGCAUUGUGCCCAAGGCAAAGCUCGUGCCGGGCCAGGAUAUCGCAGCUCUCGGAUUCCGCGACAAGGAGAAGAAGAAGUUGGCUGAUAUGAAUCCCGUUGCUUAUAUUGAUAAUCCUCGGCUUGGAACUGCACUUCAAAUGCUCCAGAUUACGGACUACAUCGAUAGCAAGCUGCACGAGGUUACUUUGCCGUUUCUCGUGCUUCAUGGUGAUAGUGACCGGGUCACGGACCCGUCGAUCAGCAAACUGCUCUACGAGAAGGCGAUGUCCUCCGACAAGACGCUACAACUGUACGAGGAUUCCUGGCAUUGCAUCCUGCAGGGAGAACCAGAUGAUGUGACCCGUCGCAUCGUGGAGAACCUUGUAUCAUGGCUCGAUGCUCACUCCGCAGCACCAAAGCUGCCGACACUCGACGCUAGUGAGAAAGAGCUCCAGAAAAGAGUUGAUGCAGCUUCACCCAGUUUGCUCAGCUUUGGCAGAUUGAAUACUGCAACAUAGACUGAUUCGCAGGGAUUCUAGUCGCAUCUAACAUUUUUACGAUUGCUGCUCCGAACUAGCGGACCAACUAGUCGACAUUCCAGAAGCUUAGGCCGUUCGGAGCAUAGGGCUAGAAACCUCCUCAACUUCGAGGCCUCUUCUUCAUUCUAUGUUAUUGUUCAAUCUGUUGAAAGACUCUGUACACCCUGAUACCAUAUACACCAACAGCAUGUAAUCGUCAUUGGGUUGUUUGUUUGUACUGUUUCUUUUCAUACUUUCAAAAAGAUAGUCUCCAUUACUGA